CUUCUACCUACGCCAACAACUUUUGCUACUCUUUACUGUGUUCCCGUUUGCGUUUUGCGUUUGGCCUACAGACCCAAUUUUUUGCUUGCGUUGUGCGCGGCUCCGCGAAUAGUUUUUCCCGAAAAAUAAAACCACGAUCGAGAGGGAGAGUGCAAAAUAGAGAUUAAAGUGAAAUUAAACGGUGCGAAAAUAACUCUCAAGAAUCGAGCGUUUGGCUGUGCAUAAAAUAAUUCCCCAUGUGUCCAUAACGGGAGUGGAGUGAAGUGGACUGUGUUGUGUCCCAUCGUGUGCCACUGCUAAUGUGUGUUCCUCCGUGUGUGUUUUUCUGGUUUCUGCUGCCUGCUAAUGUGCAAUUUUUAUGAAAUUAUCACAGAAUGAGGCAAGGCGAUAGAUAGCGCUGUUGUUGUGUCAUAGGAUUGGAGCAGCAGGCCCGGCCUCCCCCCUCCGUAAAAGUAAACGCAACAACAAGUUCCCCACUAUAUCUCUAUCUGUAGUGUGGCUGUGUGUGUAUCCAUACAGAAAACUGUGCUGGUGCUGUGUGUGUAAUAGGAAUUGCAAUUUAUACGUACCGUUGUUGUUGUACUUGUGGGAAGAGCUUUUCGCUUGUUGCGCGCGUGCGACUAUUGUGCAAGAAGAGUUUCCCAUUUCCCAUUGCAAUAAUUUCAUUCUCCUCUGCCGUGUGUUUGUGUUCCUCCCAGAAACCAAAAUUCGUUGUGAAAAAGACCAGGCCAAAGAGGAAACAGGCGAAACAAGCCAGCGAAUAGCAAGAGAAUCGAGAAAAUUGGCGCAGUAGCGCACAAAAAGAGAACGAAUAGUGAGAACAACACAAAAAAAAUAAAAUCGCAAAUGCGUUCGGCGUCGCUGGCUGUGUGUGUGUGCGUCUGGGCGUCUGUGUCUGGGUCUGGGUCUGGUCUGGUGUCUGUGUGAGGGGGGCGCAAAAAAUAUGCUAAAAAAGCUUUCGUCGUUGCCCCUCCGUGUCGUCGUCGCAGCAACAGCAACAGAAGCAGCUGCGGAAACUGUUGCUGCAGGCCGUGGCAGAACAAGAGCGAGAGAGGAAGCGAUAUACAGAGCAGAGCGGAGAGGGAGUGUGUGAGCGAGCGAUCGAUCCGCCGAAAGGGAGACAGCAUUAUGAAUCACACGCAAGCUUUGUUUUGCGAAUUAUAAAUUCGACUUCUCCACGAAUUCCCAUGUGAAGCGGAGAGGCCAAUAGCAAAAUAUAGAGGCACAGAAAGAGAGAGAGCGAAACAAAGGAGAAAAGAAAACCAGCAAAAGUACAAGACAUAAUAAUAGAACUUUUGCUUUCGGUUCCAACUGGUUUUCGUGCGCCCAAAGAGAGCUAAGGAGAGCGGGCGAGAGAGCGAGAGAGCGAGACCCAACCAGACAACAAAGAGGCGGCAGCUUCCUGCUGCUUCUUCUUCUCUUCGAUCGUCUUGGAAUCAUAGCUGGAAACCGGGCGCAUGCGCAGAAGCCGCAACGAAAGAACGAGAACGUGUAGCAGUCAGCGUCAACGUCAGCUACAUACACAUAUAUAAGAAAUUAUAAAAAUAAUUCUACCAUCGUUACCUGGCAUCAAUCAAUAAUCCAAUAACAAUACACAUCACAACGAAACGUACAAAAAUAAAAUUGAAAUAAUCUAUAUAUAGAGAAAGGACACACAAUAUACCGUAUAAGAUGGACACCUUCAAUGUACCUUUGCUGGCGGAGAGCACCAGCAGCAGCAGCAAUUAUGCGAUAGCAGCAGUCACAGAGGCAACAAACAGCAACAACCAUCAUCAUCAUCUGCAGCACCAGCAAAAUCUUAUGUCCCACCAUCACAAGGAUCAGAUGCUGGCGGCGGGAAGUAGUCCCAUGCUGCCAUUCCUCAGUUACUCUCAGCUGCAGCUGCAGCAGAAGGAUACUACUGCUACCAGCAGCAGCAAUGGUGCACAAUCAGCAUCCGAAGGAGCAGAAGCAGCAGCAGCAGCAAUUGCCACAGAUAAUUUUGAUGGCAGCCAAUUGGAUGGUGGCAUCUCUCUGAGCGGCCUCUGCGAACGCUUCUUUGUAGCCAGUCCCAAUUCUCAUAGCAAUAGCAACAUGACCCUAAUGGGCGCCCCCAAUCCAACAACCACAACAGCUAGCCAGCACAACACUAACAUCAACAACAACAACAAUUUGGAGGCUAAAAACGGGACCAGCCUCACAGGUGCGGGAGCUCCCCAAUCGCUGCAGAGAGGCGGAGGAUCAGUUAUCAUCGAAUCGGUGACCGUGCCUUCUUUUGCCAACAUCCUCUUCUCCCAUCGAAAUUCUCAAGCCACAUCGAAUGAAUGCAUCGAUCCGGCACUGCUGCAGAAGUCCUCACUAUCCAGCAGCUCCAUUAUAGAGUACCAUCAGCUGAAACCCCUGGCACCGAGUGCCACCAACUCGGCGUCCGUUUCCACCAGCAAUUUCCUGUCCUCGAGCACCGCUCAGCUGUUGGAUUUUGAUGUGCAAGGCACUUCCAAGGAUGAAAGCCAUAUAAGUACCACCACAACCACAGCUGGAGUGGGAAUAGGUGCAGGAUCGGGUUCGAGUUCAGGAUCCGCAUCGGGUGUACAAUCAACAACAAUCAGUGCCAAUCAGACAAGAAGCUCGCUGCACAGCAUCGAGGAAUUAGCUGCCAGCUCCUGUGUUGCACCCAAAACCACCCAAUCACCCAAUGGGAACGAGAACGAGAACCACAGGACUACCACUAGUACAACGCAUCAGCAGGAACAGCAGCAACAGCAUCCCAUACAACAAAGUGGCAAUCACAGUGGAUCCAAUCUCAGCUCUGAUGAUGAGUCCGUUUCAGAGGAUGAGUUCGGUCUGGAAAUCGAUGAUCACGGAGGCUACCAGGACACCACCUCCUCCCACUCACAGCAGAGUGGCGGUGGGGGCGGAGGCGGUGGCGGAGCUGGCAGCAACAUCCUCAACGGCAGCUCGGGCAGCAGCUCUGGCUACAUGCUGCUGCCCCAAGCGGCCAGCUCCAGCGGCAACACCAAUGCCGCCCACAUGUCCUCCGCCGCCGGAUCCGUUGGCACUGCCAGCGGCCCCAACGGUGGUGGAGGCGGUCCCGGCCCGGGCAAUGCCAUGGGCGGUACGAGCGCCACACCGGGACACGGCGGUGAAGUGAUCGACUUCAAGCAUCUCUUCGAAGAGCUGUGUCCCGUAUGCGGCGACAAGGUCAGUGGCUACCACUACGGCCUGCUCACCUGCGAGUCAUGCAAGGGCUUCUUCAAGCGGACUGUCCAGAACAAGAAGGUCUACACCUGCGUGGCGGAGCGGUCGUGCCACAUCGACAAGACGCAACGCAAGCGGUGUCCCUACUGCCGUUUCCAAAAGUGCCUGGAGGUGGGGAUGAAGCUGGAGGCUGUACGAGCGGAUCGGAUGCGGGGUGGCAGGAACAAGUUCGGACCCAUGUACAAGCGAGAUCGGGCGCGGAAGCUGCAGGUCAUGCGCCAACGGCAGAUCGCCCUCCAGGCUCUGCGCAACUCGAUGGGGCCGGACAUCAAGCCGACGCCGAUCUCGCCGGGCUACCAAGCAUAUCCAAAUAUGAACAUUAAGCAGGAAAUCCAAAUACCUCAGGUAUCCUCACUCACGCAAUCGCCAGACUCGUCGCCCAGCCCCAUUGCCAUUGCUCUGGGCCAGGUGAAUGCCAGCACGGGCGGAGUGAUAUCCACGCCCAUUAAUGCCGGAAACGGGGGCAGUGGCGGUCUGAACGGCCCCAGCUCCGUUGGAAAUGGCAAUAGCAGCAACGGCAGCAGCACAGGCAACAACAACACCGGCAGCAGCACAGGCAACGGUGCAGUUGGCGCCGGCGGAGGAGGCGGUGGAGGCAACAAUGCGGGAGGCGGCGGCGGCAAUAACAGUUCCACCGACGGCCUGCAUCGCAACGGCAGCGGCAACGGCAGCUGCCACGAAGCUGGAAUAGGAUCUCAGCAGAACUCGGCCGACUCGAAACUGUGCUUCGAUUCCGGCACUCAUCCAUCGAGCACAGCCGAUGCGCUUAUCGAGCCACUGAGAGUCUCCCCGAUGAUACGAGAAUUUGUGCAAUCGAUUGACGAUCGGGAAUGGCAGACGCAGCUGUUCGCGCUGCUGCAGAAGCAGACCUACAACCAGGUGGAGGUGGAUCUCUUUGAGCUGAUGUGCAAGGUGCUCGAUCAGAAUCUGUUCUCGCAAGUGGACUGGGCAAGGAACACGGUCUUCUUUAAGGACCUGAAGGUCGAUGAUCAAAUGAAGCUGCUGCAACACUCCUGGUCGGACAUGCUGGUUCUCGACCAUCUGCACCAUCGGAUCCACAACGGGCUGCCCGAUGAGACGCAGCUAAACAAUGGCCAGGUCUUCAAUCUUCUCAGUCUGGGGCUGUUGGGCGUGCCGCAAUUGUCCGACUAUUUCAACGAGCUGCAGAAUAAGCUGCAGGACCUGAAAUUCGACAUGGGCGACUAUGUCUGCAUGAAAUUCCUUAUACUUUUGAAUCCAACUGUACGAGGCAUUGUGAACAGAAAGACCGUGUCAGAGGGACAUGAUAAUGUGCAGGCAGCCCUUCUGGACUACACCCUCACCUGUUAUCCUUCAGUCAAUGACAAAUUCAGUAGGCUAGUGAACAUCUUACCGGAAAUCCAUGCCAUGGCCGCACGCGGCGAGGAGCACCUCUACUCCAAACACUGUGACGGCAAUGCACCCACCCAGACUCUGCUCAUGGAGAUGCUGCACGCCAAGCGGAAGGUGUAGGGCCACGUGGAGCACUAUAUGGAAUACUUAAAUCAUUUAUGAAAUGUAAAUAACAAGGCAGGAAAAUGGGAUGCAACCCCCAGAGGCAGAGGCAGAGGCGAGACGCCUCAAUGUAGAAAUUUCGAAUGCUAUGCGUAUGCGGAGCAGCAGGAGGAGAGAGGAGAGAGGAGAGAACGAGAAUUCCAUGUAGAGUGUACUAUAUGGAGAAUGCAUCAUCACUACUACCACCAACUAUCAAUCACACCAAUACACACACCACACAUACACAUUUGUUGAUUCAAUGUUAAUUAUUAUUAUGUUUAUGGCUAGGUCUAGACUACGUUUACGUUUAACUAAUUAAUUAAUUUGUCUUAAAUUAAUGCGUGUUUUAUUUUAAGUCCCUCUAAUGAAGCAACACUAUACGAUUUAUGUAUGGAUCUAUAGAGCAACAGAGGAAGAGGAAAAAAAUCCAACUUCUUUAGGAAUUACCGAAAACAAAAACAAAA